GUUAGAAUAUUUAUAUCGUUUUUUUAUUUUUAAUACAACGUUUUCUGUUACAAUUUUUACUAAGAAACUUUGAUAGAACUCGUGUUUGUCUCAAAACUGUUUGACAAGAAACAUAAGUCCUAUUAUAACAGAUAAUAUACUACUACGUGUUAGUUACCAGACUCAAUUUCCAAUGAUCCAUUCAACUUGCUGCAGAUUUCUCCAAUAUCAAUAAAUAUAGGUUUUACUUACUAUACGGCAAUUGAGGUCUCUAUCGUUUAUAAAACGGACAGUACCAACGGAAUUAUAUUACAUGGCAGCUACAUAUUGAGAAAUUAUUUAAAAAAAGAAAAGAUGGAUGUAGUUCUUAAAAAUGGAACGAGUUAUAAACCAUGGAAUACAAGUGUUGACCAACAUAGCGACUGUACCAAAAAUGCUACGGAAACUAAUAUAAAUCUAGUAAGCUUAUGCAGAAAUUCAAGUUUGAAGAAUUUCUUUGAAUGUGUCAUUCCAGACGCCGAAGAAUGGGUACUGAUUGCAGCUUACGUUUUAACGUUUGUAGUUGGUGUUUUGGGGAAUAUUCUCGUCUUUUUUGUACUUAGUAGAAACAAAGAGAUGAGAACAGUUACAAACGUAUUUUUGGUGAACUUGGCUGUGACCGACUUAACUGUGAUACUGAUAAUUAUGCCUUUGGCUCUGAUCGUUGACGUUACAGACACGUGGCUUUUUGGAGGAGCAAUGUGCAAAAUCAGCAUCGCUUUUGGGACAAUGUGUUUAACUGUCUCCAUCCUGACACUUUGUGCGAUCUCAUUAGAACGUUGGUACGCCAUAUGCGGGUCUCCCAAUUUCAAUAUCAACAUCCAGAAGGCCCAGAUCAUUAUUGCCGCCAUUUGGGCAAUCUCCAUAUGCGUGGCAUUGCCCGAGUUCCUGGCCUUCACUGUGGUACCUUAUCACACCGAUUCAAUCUUCAGGACAAUGUGUUAUCCAGCCCUAUGGGAGAGGAAAACGAUGAUGAUAUUCCAGAUCUUCUUGAUGGCGUCACUUUAUUUUCUGCCGAUUGUACUCAUCGCCACCGUGUACACAUACAUGUAUGUCGUGCUCUGGAGGACACGUAUCCCGGAUACAGGAAAUGUUCACAUAUGUCCAUUAAACGAAUCAAGGCAACCUAAUACGGAGUUUGGCAAUAGGUUGUCGAGACGAAGAAAGACAGUAAAAAUGCUAAUGAUGAUUGUUGUGGUGUUUGCGCUGUGUUUCCUGCCUAACCACACACUCAACAUUUUAAGAUACAUGGAACAGCUGCAGAAGCUUCCUCACCUGAGAAGCAUCGCUUUUAUCUCUCAUUGGUGCUCAUUCUUCAACAGUUGCGUUAACCCAAUUAUCUACAACUUCAUGAGCGACAAUUUCCGGAAGGAGUUCCGUGCGGUGCUCUCUCUGUGUUGCCAUUGUGGGAAAACUUCAACUCGGGAAACCAGGAUUCGUAACCAAAUAACUUGUUCCGAGACGAGGCAUUUACCGUUGAUGAAUAGGAACACUGACGAGAUCAUCAGUUUGAUUUACCCGGAAGAACCAGACUUGCAGGGCGACGAAAGUGUGAGCAUGUGUCAACAAAAAGGAAUGCCGUUAUGAGGGGAAAAUAUUGUGUGAGAUGUGAAAAGCUAAUAUGCAAAAAUUUAAAAAUGUUGAACACUAACAGAAUUGGAUGUGACGACAUACAACAUCACAGUAUUUGACCUAUUGUCAUAUACUAGCAUUAAAAUGGACUGAAAUUCUACAAAACUAUAACAAAACACGAAAUAAUUUAUUUCAUUGGUAUAAGUCGGUUCAUGGUACAAAUAUAUAGUAACCAUUUAACACAAUUGCUAUUUAACUUGGAGAAAUCUUCCCUUUAAUAGUUUAUGUUGUUAUUGUUUUCUUAUAAAAUUAUUAUACACUAAUUAGUCGAGUCAUACACUUGAUUUUUUAAAAGAAAAUGAUUAUUUCACAUACUCGUAGAAACAAUGGUUUUCUUUUCCUCUCUUUUAAUACGCAUUUUGGGAAGGGCCACAUUUUGGAAAGGGCCGUAACUGAUGUUGGAAAAACUGGUGGCCCAAUCACUUUGCAUGUCCUUUUUAUAUGAAAGAAAGCUUUUUUACAUUGCA